AUGCUGGUCAGGUAUAUCUCGAAGGUAAUUACACAUUAUACAUGUAUGUACAAAAAAAGGAAAAUAUUACUGCAUCGAAGUAUCUGGGUCGUCGUGGAUACGGACAAGCUGAAACCCUCCAUAAUGUCGCAGUUCCGUUUAACCUAUAUAUUUUACAAAAUGAUAAUCAGAAUAGGUUUAUAUUUUUGCUUUCAAUUUGGCCUUCCUUAGGGGUUUGUCAAGAGUAGCCUGAGUAUCAGGCGUUUCAAGGGGGCAAAGAGAAAGAGAGAAGCGAAAAGGGGAAAUAGCGAAGGUAGAGAAACGCCUAACACAAAGUGACGCUUUUAUGGAAGCCUCCCACCCUCACACAGAGUGAUUUAGUUGUAGCCAAUCAACUAGAGCUGUUAUCAGAGUAACAAACUGUCAUGUGCCAGCCUCAAUCCAUUAAGGAGCUUUUUUAAAAAAAAAUGUUUGAGCGGAUAUAAAUAUAUGCCUUUCAAAGAGCAAGUAAAAUACGACGACUGUCAAAUGCGUAGUAUACAUUAAAAACGGCCGCUGGAUAUAUAAGAAAAUUUAUAAUAUUCAACGCAAUUUAUCUCCCGUUGUCGUUUCUCUCUUCUCCUCCCCACCACCGCCCCUAUCCCCAUAAACGCCUGAUACUAACUGAUACUGAGGCUCUCCGGUAUUACGUUUGAAAUGAAACAGGGGCAUCCAAUGACCGUUUUCUGUAAAAUAUCUGUUCGGAGAAGCAAACAUUGCCUAGAAUUUGUCUUCUGCUUGAAGACGACUAAAAAUUUCUCGAUGAACGUUCUAUUCAUGUACAAUUUUCGAAGUUUAUCUAAUAAAUUCCCUACGAUUUUCUGAAGUUUAAUUUUUCAUAUUUUACUACCCAGGUUACACUAUUUUCCUUAGAAAAAGGAAACCUAAAAUUUUCGGAUUCAAAAAUGCGAUGGAGCGGAGGAAUCAGAAAAAUUCUCACUUUCGUAAAACGUUAAAUUGCACCUAAAAUUUUCGGAAAAUAAUACUGAAGCCCUUGUAAUUUCGAAAAGACUUAAGUUCCCCUAGGAUGACCGAAAAGAUAAAAUUUUUUUAGCGUCGCUUAGAAUGUAUUUCUAGAAAUCUAAAAGGACUCUGGAUAGUUUUCAACGUAUUUUGGAGGAAACCGUUGUUGCGUGCCCCUGAUGAAAGGACUGAUUCUCCCUUUUCUUCUUAUGUAAAGGUAAUCAAACAACACGAUAUAGUUACGGCCGGCUCAGUGUUGUUAUACUAAGUUCAGAAAACUCCUGUUUCCCCCAUCUACAACUACGUAAUCAGUGCAGCUGAGGUUGUAAUUUCCGCUUACAUCGACUGCAACUAAAUAGCUUGACAACUUCUUGGCGAAACUUCGGGCAGCGCAUGGUAUAGAUCAAAGGAUUCGCCGCUGAACCAACGAGCGCGAUCAACAUCGACAGCAACUCGAAUUUCAAGGUUUUUUGGUCGUCUGCAUGAUAUCCUGUCACAAUCAUCCGCACAAAAGUAGGAGACCAAGUAAUGAAGAAUACAACAGUUACAAGAAUAAAAAGGCUUGUCAACUUUUUCCGGGCUUUUAAAAGCGCAACAUUUACGUUCGGUUCCGCUUUAGACCAAGCAUAGCAAAUAACUCGUGAAUAAGAGAAAACCAUAGACGCAGUCGGCAAAAUGAAGCCAAAUAUGAAAAGAACAAUUGAAUACGUCGUGUUAAAAGUUUCGAGCCAAGCGGUUGUACGUGAGGCUCUUGUUAUCCUGUUUGCUCUUUCUUUGGCAACACUUGAAUAUCUCUCAAAGGUAAUGUAAUAACCCGGUGCACUUAAAACAGCUGCCACAAAAAAUAUUGCGCACACUAAUUUACGCAUGAAAGUUUUCGUCACUUUUCUCAUGUGUACAAAUGGUUUGAGAAUCGCAUAGUACCUUUCCAUUGAUAAGGUUGCAAGAAUAUAAAUUGAGCUCAAUGCGUCGAAAGUAAAAUCGGCAGUCGCAUUAGAGGCGUCUUUUGAAAGGAGAACGAAGCUGGUCAAAACCUCGACUGAAAAGCACAGAUCGGCGCUUGAAAGAGCUUGUAAAAGAAAAGUGUUCGGACAUUCCCGUAGCCUCUUGUUUUUCUGAAUAAUGACUAUGACCAUUAGAUUUCCCAAAACAUUGUAAAGGUAGAUUGGAAUAGUGGUGUAAAUUAUGAUUGAAGAAAACAUUGAAACCAUUUGAAGAAAAAAGAUGAACUUGAGGGCGAAAUGUUGGGAUUCAAAUGAUCGUAUGCAGUUAUCGAAAGUUGCACCCAAAAGGAGCUUUCUUUAUAAACAUACAGAUAAAUUUUGGCCGACCCCCUCUAAGUGUUUGUACAACAAGGAAAGGUGUUCCUUUUAAAACGAAGUUUUAUUAAGAGUACUUCUUUUUAAUUGCUCGGCAACAAUAAUGUUUACCUUGCGCGAAAAAACUGCCAUAAAAUGAGAAAACCUUAGGAAAUUAAUUAAGAAGGUGCAGAUGUUCACAGAUGGUCCCUUGUGUUUGAAUUUGUUUCAGUCAACUGGAAUUGCGGCUUAACCCUAUUUUUCCUUGAGUGGACGCUUUUAUUGCUUUUGCUGUUUUACCAAAAGUUACUAUUCGAAAUCAGCGAUGUAAAGGAAAAAUAAAGAAAAAAAAUGAACAAAAUCUGUCAAUAUAAAUGCUGUAUACUUAGGGUGCGUUCGAUUGAGAAAUCCGGAUUUAGAUUUUCAAAAUCUAAAUCUGGAUUUCCCAAUCGAACGCGAAAUCCGAAAACGGAUUUUACCUCCGAGAAAUCCGUCCUCGGGGUGGAUUUCAAUUAAGAAAUCCAAUUCCGGAUUUUUUGGAUUUCCCUUUUUGUCGUUCGAUUGGGAAAUCCGAAAAACGGGAUUUGCAAAACUGUUCUCGUGAACAGCGGUCUUCUUUUUACUGAUUAUGUGCAUGCAGGACCGCUGUUCCAGAGGACAGUUUUUCAAAUCCUUUUUCGGAUUUCCCAAUCCAACGGUAAAAAGGAAAAUCCAAAAAAUAAAUAUUUCAGCGCUGAAAUCCGUUUUCGGAUUUCGCGUUCGAUUGCAAAUCCGAAAUCCGGAUUUUAAAAUCUAAAUCCAGAUUUCCCAAUCGAACGCACCCUUAGAAAGCGAGCGAAGAGUUUCCACUCUGAUAUGCCAUAUACUAUUUUUCGUUUGAUUUUUAGGGGCUCACGAUGCUUGCAAGUUUUUCAAAACGGAGUGUUUGCCAAGUGAAUACUGCGUUCCGCGGGUGCUGUCGGGAAUGGUCUGGCCAGGAGAAUACAAAUGCCUUUGUAGAAAGGGUUGGAAAAAAGUUCGCGGGCGCGGAUGUGUUGGUAAGGUAGAGACUGGUAUUUGCGCAUGCACCGAUGAAAAAAAAUGUGCGAAUCUUUGUUUCCUUUUAAAUUGUUCCAGAACGACUGCCUGAUAUAAAGAGAAAGAAAAAUACCAAGAAAUCAUUAAUUGAUUCUUUAUACGUAAGAAAUAGGAAUAACUCGUUUGCUUGGGUAUGUUAAACUGAAAACAAACUAAAAGGAAGCAAAACAAAACGAAAACACAAAAUAGAAAAUGUCGCGUACAGCGGCUUGUGUACUUGCAGGUAACCUUACAUUGGCAACAGUCAUAUGGUUUCUGGCUCGAAGCUGGCUCUAUUUCAGGUUACGAUGUUGCAGUGUAUUUGUUUUCAAUAUUCCUUUACCGUCACUUGCUCUUCAUAAAAAAUUGUUUGUCAUUUGCCACCACCCUCAUUCAUUUCAUUGUACCUCUGUAUUUAUUGACGGCGUUGACAGCAAGACGUCAUUACUCGAGUAUAGACCUUUUUAGCUUUUGUUUUCCCAAUUUAGACCACGUGAUGUUUUCCAGGGAAUUUGCCUUUUGUCUUUUCAUAAAUCAUGCAUUCAAUUUCCGAGUAAAUACACGUGCAAAGGACGAUAUUUGAAAGAAACAGUUAUGGUCUUAAAUGGGAAAACAUAACAUACAAGAUAAAAAGGUCUAUUAAGCUCGACACAAUCCCUAGCCUAUACUCUGCCAAACCGAUGUUCUUGUUGCAGACAUUGACGAAUGCGGUGCAACGUUCUCUCCGUGCAGAUGGUGGGCUAUUUGUGUUAACACACUUGGAAGUUACUCGUGUCAUUGCCGGAAGGGCUAUAGGGGCAAACAAUGUGAUGUCGGUAAGUAUUCGGUGUACAUAAACAGGAGUUUACCAGUGCUUCCUCUGCGAUGCACCGAGUCCGGUUCACUUACCAAGCUUCAGGGGAUCAAGCGAAAUAUUGGAUUGAUGUUCUAAUCUUACAUCAAUGCAAUUGUUUGCUGUGGUUACCCGAUAUGACACCAUAUGUGACAAGAUGCAAUCGUUGUUUUUAUUGCCACACCUCGUGAAAGUUCUCUUUUUUUUGGAGAAAAUUGCAUAUUCAAGGCAUUAUUUAUUAUCUCUUUUGCCCCAAUUCUAGAACCUUCCUAACUCGAGAGAAUUCAAAAUGGCGGAUUCAUGAUUGCUCACUUGAUAUGAUAACGUGAUUUCCAUAUGAAAUGACGUCAUCGAGUUACGUAAACUAUCAUACCUUCAAUAAUAAUUAUUAUUUAUUCAUUUACAGUGCGCUUUUUAACAUACUAGGUCACUCUCAUAGGUCUAAGGCUCAAUAAAUUUUAAAUAUCACUAUGGAGAGGUCGAGGGUUCCAUGUCGAACAUACUGUGGCCUACUAAGUUUUUUAAAGGCUUCAUUCAUUGAACGUUGUUCAUUUCUCAGAUAUUGAUGAAUGUCAGAUGAAACCGUGCCCAGAUAACAGCAUCUGUCAAAACACACCUGGCAGUUUUAAUUGUACUUGUCAACCCGGUUUUUCAGGCAAAAGUUGCUCAGGUAGGAAUUAUUAUAGCGUAUUUCACAUAUAAUGAAUCGAAUAAUCCCUGAUUAUCGUGAAGAACGCGAUAUUGCCAAUUUCGCUUAUCAUUUAGUAUACCCUUUCAUGGAGGCAUGUGUGGCAGAGGAGUUAUCACCUCGAACUCUAGAUCUAGAGGUUCGGGUUUCCAGCCUCGCCCGUCGCUUAGCUCCUUAGACAAUAAACGUUACUCCACUUUGUUGUUUACUUCACCCAGGUGUAUAAAUGGGUACCAUCGACAUACUGCUUGAGGGUAAACCUGCGAUGGACUUGUCCAGGGGGGAGUAGCAAUACUCCUAGGCAUGCUUCAUGCUAGGGAAACCGGGAUAAGCUCCGAUCUUUUGGGCCUUUUUCUGGUGUGCGCCUUUACCUUACCUUUUUGAUUCUCAACAACUAUGAAAUUGUAGCUUAUGUUGUGAGAAACAUACAUGUAUUACAUAUAAAAUAAUUACCGAAGACAUAGGCAGUAUAAGAUCUCAAGCAGUUUAAGGCCUGUGACUUAGGGUUUACUUUUGGAAAAUGAUUUAUUGGCUAUAACUUCGGUAUAGAUGAUGACGCUAAAUCAGAAUUUGGCACAAAUAAGGAACUCAUCGUCCUUAACAUUUUUAAGUAUGAAUAUUGUGUGCUAAAAAUCAUAAAUUAUUGACCAAUUGGUGGCCGGUUUACAAACAAAAAAUCGAGCGAUAGCAUUUCUCUAAUUCAUAUUAAAUAUUUCUAACACUUGAGGCUUGGAGUGACCGUCCUUUGCACUUCAAUAAAUAAUUAUGAGGGAAAACACCAUUUCAAUCUUGAAUCAUUUAAAAUUUAAAUUUUAAAUUUCAUGUACAUUCAUUCCAAACGUAGAAAGUUAGGUACGUUUAUCCUCUUUCAGAAAUGCAAUUUGAGUACCCAUUUAAACAAAGUAAAUUCGCCACCAAUUCGCCAAUUUCCUUCAUUUUCAAUUUUUGGUCACGUGAGGUGCCACAUGACAAUAACUAAACGUGAAGUCGCAAGAAAACCUACCUUUGGGGAAAAAUUCAUUUUGUCCUGGGUCUCCUAGCGAGAGAGAUUGCUAAUCAUUCAUAUACUUUGAACACACCUUUAACCCAGGCCUUAAAGAUGCAUCUACCCCGCAUAUCCCAGGAUCUUUUUGUUUUGAAAAAGGGAAAAGGCACUCACAUUUUUUCAUUUUAAAAUCCUUGGGGAAGAGGUUCAAGAUGCAUUGCAUAAGACGAGUAGAAUGAGCACUGAGACUGGCUUUGCAUGAAGUUACCCAACAAGACCAUACUAGGUUGAUAUAUAUGCCACAUUCACGUUCUACAUUCUGAGAGGAUUCAGCGAUGUUAAGGGAGUAGUUUUGUGCGGAAUUAUCACAUAGAAAAUUCGUGGUGAAGAUACUUUACAAUUAGAGAGCGUACAGUACAAAUGCGUACUCCAGGCAGAGAGAAUUUCAAAUAAGAUUAGUAUUUGUUUGAUUGCUUUAGAAGUUUCAGGAAUGGACUCAUCGUCCAAGAAUGAGCCAAUCAUCACAUUUCAAGUCGUAAAGCAACACGCUGUGAAAGAAAUUUCCAUCCCUCGACACAAGCCUGUAACGGUCAUUCGCAAGGCCGUGCACAUUACAGACUCUGGAUCUAAAGAGAAGGCAAUCAUGGGAUCACUAAUUGCGACGCUCAACCUUUUGGGAAUAUUUUUUUAUUGGUAAGAAGACACGGGCUGUUUUCCGUCCUUAAAUAUUUUUUAAUAAGGGAUUAUAUAUUUAACACUGAAUUUGAUUUACUUCAAUUGACCACACGAACAGGGACUUUUCAUUUUCCUGGCACCAAAUGAGACUUUUCGUCUUUGUCUUGGAAGAAAACAAUCACGGUUUUGCUCCCGCGAUGUGAGUUGAAGCUCGCCAAAUUUGCAGCUAAAGGUUGCUUUUAGAAGUUCUACGCUUUCUUCUCUCCCGCAGCGCGGCUUAAAGGCGCUUUUUGUUUCGGGACAAUCUGCUCAGGUGCUUGGCAUGAAGGAUAUUCAGUUGGCUAGCUUUCGCGACUGCAAUCACUUGAUCCGCGUAAAUCCAUUUGGACAUCUCCUCCUAUAAUUGACACCUUGUUUACCACCCAAAAUUUUUGCAUUACUUUUGUUUUUAAUUGCUCCUAAGUAUGACAGUCGUCCAACAAGAAUUUGAGGGCAUCAAGAGUAGAGUAUGGGAGACUGAUGUGCAAAUGUCGAUGAAUGUUCCAUCGAGCCUUUGUCGGAACUAAGAGAGAGCUACCACAAGAUGGGAUUAAUUCUGGUACCCAACCUCCUAUCAGAAAUCACGUUAUUUCGUUGUAUUGUUGUUAGAAGCUCAGAUUAAAAUGUCUGCUAUGUUUACUUUGAUCCUUUGAAUCUUCUUGUGGGCAGUAAAACAGCCCAUGCUUACAGGAACAGGAGUAUUUUAUUUGUGAAGGAUAGAAAGGAUUAGACACGCGUGCUUCGCGCAAGAUUCUCGUCCCGUGCAGUCUAAUCUUUUAACUGAUCAUUUCUUGUUUACCGUAGGAGACAAAGGAAGAAAAAGAGAAAUGAGGAAUUUAAAAAAGAGGGCGAACAAGACAAUUUAUCCUCUCAACUUCUGGAGACGGAGGAAAGAAAUUCAAGCUUUGGAGCGGUUUCGGUAGAAGAAGAAAUUUUUCCUAGCACUCAAAUGUUGGUAAACAAGGAAACUGUUUCAAACUCUUCAUUGUUAGAUAAAGAGUCUGUUUCUCACAAUAUGCUGUUAGAAAAUAUCGUACCGACAGGCGUUGAUUCAUUUACGGCAAACAAGGAAAGAAUUCUUAGUGAAGAUUUAGUUGUGUCCGACUUAGAUCAGACGAUUAGAGGAAGAGAAAGUACAAUCAAAAGUCAGUCAUUGUCUGAAAUAGCUUCUCAAAGUUGUGAAAGAUUUAAAAGCAAAGGAGAUCUUCAAAUCGAUCUAAGUAAGGGAAGCAAAGAGAAAGUUUUAAGCAAUCACGUAUUGGUAGAUAGGGAAACAACUGGAAAUUUUCAAAUUUUGGAUAACAACCCUUAG